UGACGUGCAGUGUAUUGUAUACCGGAUUUGUAAUUUGUUGAUUUGGCUCGAGUGUUAAGUGUACUCCCUUUGUUUUAAUUUAUCAUAUAAAUUAAAUAUCUUCUGCAUUUCCAACAUUUAAUACUCAAAAUGAAUUCUUUUCUGAUCAUAUUGUUGCUUAUAAGUGUGCCAACAUUAUUAGCAAAGAAAUCAGACGAAAGCUCUAAACCUGAAUGGGCCAAAAAAGACAUUCGUGAUUUUAAUGAUGCCGAUAUGGAACGAUUACUCGAACAGUGGGAGGAAGAUGAUGAUCCUCUUGAACCAGAUGAACUACCAGAACACUUACGGCCACAACCAAAAAUUGAUUUGUCCAAAUUGAACACCGGUAACCCCGAGGAUGUAUUGAAGGAAUCCAAGAAAGGGCGUACAUUGAUGACAUUCGUAAGUGUAUCGGGAAAACCUACUAAGAAUGAAGCUGAGGAUAUAACCAAACUUUGGCAAACUAGUUUAUGGAAUAACCAUAUCCAAGCUGAGAGAUACAUGGUCGAUGAUGAUAGAGCGAUUUUCAUGUUCAAAGAUGGAUCACAAGCUUGGGAAGCUAAAGACUUCCUCGUUCAACAGGAACGAUGCAAAGGUGUCACUAUUGAAAACAAAGAAUAUCCCGGGCAGCAUAAAAGUGUCAAAACUGAAUUGUAGGUCAUACAAUUAUUGUUCUCUCUAAAUAUAAGAAUUAUGUAAAUAAACAUUUGAAGAAUCCUUAAAAACUUU